GGUCAAGAGAUGUCUCUGUAUGUUACACAAUUUGUCACUCAGUGUUUUCCUUCGUAUUUUGUGGAAGGUUAUUCAGUUCUGAGUUGAUUUCGACUUAGUUUUAACGUUGUAAUAUCACGUUGUGAUAAUCACAUUAUUGUGGAUAAACGACAGAAUUCAGCAAUCUAUUUUAUACAAAACUCUGACAGACAAUGUCAGUAACUCAGGAUCGACCCGAAUUAUACGAAGAAGUGAAGCUCUACAAAAAUGCCCGCGAGAGAGAGAAGCAUGACAAUCAGGCGGAUUUGUAUGCUGUGGUAAAUACAUUGCAACAUUUGGAGAAAGCUUAUAUCCGAGAUUGCGUCACACCAAAGGAAUACACAGCUGCAUGCAGUAAAUUGUUAGUGCAAUACAGAGCAGCAUUUAAACAGGUGCAAAGCGAUCAAUUUCCAACAAUUGAUUCCUUCACCAGAGCAUUCCGCUUGGAUUGUCCAGCUGCGCUUGAGAGAAUCAAGGAAGACAGACCAAUCACGAUAAAGGAUGACAAAGGCAACACUUCCAAAUGUAUUGCAGACAUUGUCUCCUUAUUUAUUACACUUAUGGACAAAUUACGUUUGGAAAUUCGAGCCAUGGAUCAGUUACAUCCAGAUCUGAGGGAUCUUAUGGAUACUAUGAAUCGCCUUAGCAUAUUGCCCAGCGACUUUGACGGCAAAGAAAAAGUCGCAGAAUGGCUGCAGACUCUCGACAAUAUGUCUGCCUCGGACGAAUUGUCCGACACUCAAGUUAGACAACUGAUAUUUGACUUAGAGACAUCCUACAAUGCCUUCAACAAAAUAUUGCAUAAUUCUUAAUCUCUUGUAUUUUUUGUCAAGUGGCAAUAUCAUCUAUAAUACAGACUUCAAUUUAUGAACUAUGAUAUUAUAUAGUAGAUAAUUCCAAAAUAAUUCCAAGUUAUUAUUUAUAUGUAUUUCUGCUUUUAUUAAUCAUUACUCGUUAAAUUUUGUUUGACAAGUCGGUGCAAGGAAUUUUGCAAUUUUUAUUUACUGUAUAUACCAUUACAGUAGGAGUAUCAGGGAUUUUAUUGUAGAUAAUAUUGAUUUAUCGAAUUACGAAUAUAUAAUGAUAUUUACACCUAAAUUAUUCUCUUGUGAUUAGUAAUAUCUUGCCAUAUCAUGUUACCUAAUUUGCAUUGUUUUUUAAAUCAUAUGAGAUUCACAGUAAUGAGAGUAAUUUGACUACGUUAAAGAGAAAUAUAUAAAUAUAUACAUACACAAAUAUCAAGAGAUGCAGCAGCGUCUCACGGCAAGAUAAACGCGCAAAGCGAGAAACGAGUGUGAAGUACAUAUGUAACGCCGCACCAAGUCAGACUAUUUUAUAUGCGAUUCUUUACAAACCUACAAACGGCGAACUGCUGAGCAAUGCUUGCGUCAUAUAUAUCAUCAACUAAAUUCAUAAAAGAGCGUAGCAACUGUGCAAGUGGCUCCCUACGUAGAAAAAUAUGGGAGUAUACUCAAAUAAAUGUAUCUCGCGCUGAAAACUUUUUUUCAUCGACAGUCUUUCAAAUCCGCUCUAUUUUGCCGAGAGAGAAAGAGAGUUAUAUAUCGUCCUUGAGCUGCCUUUGUUCAUCUCAAGAGACUCGUGAAGCUUUCCAAGGAAAGCGCACAACAACAUCGCACAACAACCGCGUUUUAUCAGCGCGCACCAAGACGCGACCUCUUGACGGCGCGUUUAACGCGCGACAAUGACGCCGGCGCCGAUAUUUCGUCGGUUCUGUUUGCGGGCGAUGGUAACGCGGGAGUUAAUUCGCGCCGUGCCCCUUUGAUGUGCCAAGAGCAGACUUUUCCGAGUCGUAUUUACGCGGGCACACCCGGUAUGCAAAUGAAGAGGGUGGUCCUUCGGCGCUCGCUGCCACGGGCGCGCGCGGAGUACAAUAACGGCGCUCAACUAUUGACUAAACUAAACUAAACUAAAUUAAACUGAGCUAAACUAACAGCCAGGUUGUAUCUGCAGUCGCGGCGCCCGGCUCCGUUUCACCGCACUCGUGUUCGUGUGCACGUGCAUCGCGCUGCGUCGCGCCCGCGUGCAUACAUGGGCACAGUCGCUUCGAGAAAUUUACAUGCAAUAGGAAUGCCAUUACUACUCGCCCGCAAGGAGUCUAGACAGUUUCGACACUCGAAGAAACGUCUCUUCGAGUUGGUUUCUUCGCCAUUAGAUCGUUCAGUGACGUGCUACCUUAGCGGAACUGAAAGCAACCGUACUAUAUACACCCGGGACUCUACUAAUCUGCAUACAACACAGAAGCUUGCUACAAUAUUGCAUAUUGCAGCACAAUAUUGCAGUCAUAGAGAUAGAUUUGUAAUAUAAUUCUAACAAUGUUACAGCAUACUUCAUAAACAUUCAUGAAAAUAUGAUAUGAUUUUGUGUACAUGCGCGCGUAUAAAAAAUAGAUUGUAACAUAGAGAAGUUUUCAAAAAAUUCCAUUGUGGUUUGCAAAUAUAUUGUUAUCCUAGAUUA